AUGGAUUCCUUCUUGAAGAAUAGAAGAGUGACCAGCGCUGGGCCUGACCCAGAAAUGGGUGAUGUGCAUGCUGAGACCGCGUAUCAAACAGCCUUGAGCCAAACCGGCAGUGGUGAUCCUACAGCAGCUACUAGCGGAAGCUGGCAGGGCGAGGCGUCGCCUGGAGCAUUAGAGCAGGGCCAAGCUGCUAAGCCUGUGGCGAGUCCUUUCCAUUCGCAGAAGGUGCAAGCGGAGAUUGACCUGUUGAGGAGUCGGCCAAGCACGUUGGACCAGGACGCCCAACGGGUCAAUGUGGAGAUAGAUGAAGCUGGCUUAGGAGAUACAAAUCAGGCAGGUAGGGAGCUGGAGCCGCCUUACAGCAAAGGCGAUUUCAGUGCUACACCAGUCCGUGUGGCCCGACUGGAGCAUCGGACUGAGAUUCGCCCUGAGGCGGUGGUCUCCAGAACAGCACAGUGCGACGUGGGGCAGGGUUGGCGUGCGGAGGCCUCAGAGCCUACAGAGUAUGGGCCAGUGGAGGUGCUGGCGUCAGCAGAGAGUGCUCAACCUGCUCCUCUUCCCGACCGGUUGAGUGAGCAUGAAGGGUUGACAGGUCGACCGCUACCCGGUGAUCCUCGUGAGCUUGUGCCAGUCGCAGAGGGCUUGCCGUCGGAUAUGGAGGCAUUGUUGCGACAGGUCUUGGAGGAGAACCGGAAUCUCCGGGCACGUCUGGAGCAAGCGCAGUUGGAGACGCAAUCCAGCUGGCACAGUGGAGGUACGCGAGCUACUGGCCCUGAACCGGACCUUGUACAGCGUGUGCCAGAGUUUGUACAGCAUUCGCCUGUGUCGUUUACGCCGGGUCAUGGGGGUGCUCAAGUAGCUCCGUGGAGGAGUGCUGUGCAACCCUUUGCGAUGUUGGGUCCAGAGGUGCUCCCCAACCACCGUGAAGGGAUAGAAGUGAGAGGUAUGGGUGAAGCGUUUGGGUUAGGGUCCGGGGAAGGGGCUUCGGCAAGGGCCGACUUGGAUCGCUAUGCUGUUGCAGUCCCCAAGCCUGUUGUCCAGAGAGCUUUGCCUGCAGCAGAGGUGCAGACUGUGCCUCCCCGCAUGAUGGCUGUGAGCCAUCCCAUGCCUGAAGCUGCCAGCCAAUCUCUGCAAAGUCACUUGCCACUGAACGCAUAUCAGAGGUCUUCCUUAGCUGCAACAUCCUUCGUUGCACCGGCGACGUCCAGCGGCAGAGGGGUGGGAACUUGGGGUGUGAGUAGCGACGGCUAUCCUGUUUCGCCAGGGUCCAGUGCAUCCAUGCCGGAGAGGCCGGAGGAGCCAGCGAAGUACAUCUUUGAUCUGCCUAAGCUGCCAUCGGCUGACAUUGCCACGUCGGCAGUAACGUGCGGCAACUGGUUGGCGCAAGUUCGCCAAAUUUUUACAGGGCUAAGCCCCACUGCAGCGAGUUGGUAUGCCAGUGUGGAGUCUGCGGCGACAGCCCAAUAUCAACGUUGGCUAGUUGCGGAUCCUUUAGACAGAUUAGGUCUUGACCCUGCUGAUGUUGUAGCGCAUUUCGACGUCUUCAAAUACCAAAGGGUAGAGUCCAGAGCCGUAUCAUUGGUCCUAGCCGCAGUUCCCAGUCAUGUGAGAGAUGAAGCCGUGUCCAACUGCUGGCUGUCUACGGCAGCACUUAUCUUCAGGAUACAGUGCCUGUAUCAGCCGGGAGGAAGGGCAUUUUCGUCCGGAGUGCCCAUUGGUGUCACCCGAAAAUCGGCAGGAAGCACUGCCACUUCGGGUCAGGACGUUGCUGCUAAAGCGCAGGAAGUCCUUUUCGCUGAGGCUGCUAAGCUUUUGCAAGGGGCCAAUCUGAAGACGUUGCAUCUUUCUGAGGUUUCGGAGGAGGGAUGUCUCAAGGAGUUGGGCAUUGACAAGGGUUGGUUGAUUAGUGCCGUGGCAAGUGCAUCAGAUCAGAAAUAUGCGCUCGUUGAUUCUGGAGCGACUAACGCCUUACGGCCUGCAGAACCGGGGGAGUUGGAUUCGUCCAGGGUCAUAAGGGUUGAUCUGGCCAGUGGGGUAACGGAACUUCACAUCAACAAACAGGGCACCCUUCUUAGUGAAGGUUCCUGUCAAGUUAUCAUUCCCGCCGGCUACCUUGUUCAGCUGGGUUUCUCCAUCACCUGGAAAAAGAGGGGUUGUGUCAUCAAGAGACGAGGUCAGGCGGCCCUUGAUGUUACGGUGGUUAAAGGGUGCCCCUUAGUAUCCCGGGAACAAGGGUUGAAGCUGGUGGCGGAGUACGAGGGCUUGCAAGAACGGGGUGAGGUUCCACUGCUAAAGCCGGCGACGACCGUAGACGAACCAGUGUUUGCUAGGGAUCAGGCGCGGGCGUGGCUUGCGGCUAAGGUAAGUUCCAAUGUGUGGCAGCACUUAAUUGUGUGGGCUACGCUUGGGGUGGUGGGCGCCGUUCUCGGGGGUCCACCGUGCCGAACGAUUAGCCGUUGUCGUGCUGAACAAGAUGGGGGACCUCCUCCAGUCCGUGAUCGGGGCGAAGGUCGCUGGGGCCUGGAUGGCUUGUCCGGGGGGCAGUUGGACAUCGUGCGUGAGGAUAGUGUUCUCUGGCUUCGUUUCUUAUUUCUGUACGCCAUAGCCCAAGCGGCUGCGGAUGGGCCUCCCUGUAUCCCUGCUGCCGGUGGUGCAAUAAGCAAAACCGCCAGCUCCCCUACUUUGUGUGGGUCAUCUGAUGGUAUGGCGACGCAGGGUUCCGGGGUUGCAAUGCCUACUGAAGUAACCGAUCCUCUUGAACUUGCGCAGUGGGCUCUGCAGCAGGCGGCUGCGAACCUUGGUUUCUCCAGUGAAACGGCCAAGGGAUUUCAGGGCACGGGCCAUCAGCAAUUCCUGAGGGAUGGGCGAUUGGUUAUGUUCGGCUGGGAGCACCCUCGAGACCCUGAAGAGUAUUUAGAGCAAGCGUUGGCUCCUCCGAGGGGUUGGGCCUCGUGGUGGGCCUUCCAGGAGUGGUCUGAUUUCUCCAGUGUGUAUUCGACGUAUCUGGCCCGAUUUGAUCAGGGUAAGUUUGGGCAUGUACGGCCGAAGCCAACGUCGUUUGCUACCAACUCUUGGUUCCUGUAUGAGGCCUUGGAUCAGCAAUUUCUUACUGAGAGUGAAAGGCAGCGGUUUGGAAAGGGUCCUAGUGCUGGCAAGUCUCGGCUUCAGGAGGCUCCUACUUGGGCUCGUUGGGCUCCAGGGUUGUCGGCUGCCGUCCAGGCCGCGUGGUGCUCUUGGAAAAGGGAACAGGGAGAACAGGGGGUGGUGGAAGAGCGAAAAUUGUGGCUGGCCAAGUUGACUGAGGAUGAAAUGUUUCAGCGUCAUGUUGGUAAUGACCAUGUCCCUUUUCGGAAGGGUUGCCCGGUUUGUAUUGCAGCUCAAGGACGGCAGCGGAGUCAUUGGCGAGCUGCGGUUACGGGUCUGUAUUCGGCAUCAUUCGACUUGGCAGGGCCGUUUGUUGACGGACACAGCUUUGAUCCGGUUGCUUCGGGAAGAGACAAGGGUCGCGGGUACAGGUUUUUCUUGGCUUGUGCUUUCACCGUACCGGUCUCCGGUGUACCGGGUGUUGAGGAGCGUUCGGAGAUUCGCCUUGAGGGAGAUGAGGUUUCGGAUGAGCCGCCUAUGUUGGUAGAGGCUUCGGGUGAAGCGGGUGAUUUCGGUGCCGGUGUAAGCAAGGUAACUCAUCGCGUCGUGGGUAAGCGCCCGGAGUCACCGGACGAUCCUUCGGGCCCUGAUGACGGUGUUCGUUGUCCUGAUGCGUUUCCUCUUGAGGAUCCCCCGUUACCGCCACCGUCGGAACCUCCGGCCCCUGUCAAGACCCGGACCUUGUUCCUUGGGGUUCCUUUGCGGUCUAAGCGCUCUAAAGAGGUUUUUCCGGCCGUUCAGGCGGUUAUUAAUCGCUUGGAGUCGUACGGUUUUCCGGUACAUCGGUAUCAUGCUGACCGUGCCCAGGAGCUCCGGGCUCGGCCUUUGGUUGAGUGGUGCAGGGCGCGCGGUAUUCACGCCACUUGGACUCCUGGUGAGGCUCCUGCGGGCAACAAAGCCGAGCUGGCGGUGCAACAGCUUAAGGGAUUGGCUCGUAAGCUGCUUGCGGUGGCGGAGUUGGGCCCGAGUUUUUGGCCCUUGGCUGUGUUGCAUGCGAGUCGCCGAAACUGGGUGCAUCUUUGCAGUGAUUUGGGUAUACCUCAGCCCACUCUUCUCCCAUUCGGCGUGCGUUUGCAGGCGCGUCAGCGUCACCGGUCUGGGUUUGCGUCUCACUGGAGGUCUCGCACGGUUCCUGGAUUGUAUUUGGGCCAGGCCCCGGACACGCCGGGCGGGCACCUUGUUCUUGUGGACUGUGAUGGGGAAGAGAAAAAGGUGUUGUUGACUAAUACGGUGUAUCCCCUCGGCCCCAAGACCCCCGAGCUCAAGAAACCUAAGUAUCACCUUCGAGGUAAGAGUGCACCGGAUUUCGUGCUCAGGACGGUGCGUGUGUCUGCGACCUGCAUUGUGGUGCCUGAUGUGCAGGGUUCCUUGGCCAGGUUGUCACCUGGGGGGGAGUGGGGUAAAGGUGAGCUUGAGUCGGAUUCGGAAUCGGUGCAAAAUGAGUUUGAGUCCGACUUUGCUUUGGCGCACGGGGAUGAAAAGCUUGCUAAGAAAAACUGUUUUGAUGAAUCUGGCAGAUUUCGCCUCGAUGCAGAUGGGGAGCCGAGGGAGUUGCUAGAUGAAUGGGACGCGAGCCUAGGUGGUCUAGGCUGCUUGCAUUUGUGUAGGGACUCGGAGGCAUUCUUAAAAUCCUGCCUAGAGGCUGAAAAUUAUGAGUUUGACAUCUGUUUGGAGGUGCUGCGACGAUGUGUGAAGAGGUUCCCCUCGCCUAAACGGUCUAUCCUCGAAGGGGACAGAACCUACGCGGUCCUAGGACUGUAUUGUCAAGGGGGUCUGAGGGGUAUCACUCGCUACGCUAAAGGAAACGAGGACCUCACACGUUACAUCAAUCGUUUUGUCGCGCAUCAUUACCCGGAAGGUCAAUGGACUACGCUUUACCUAUCACGAAACACUGUAGCUCCUAUGCAUCGUGAUGCCCGGAAUGGUAACGGAGGGCUCGCCUGGAUAGUAGGCCUGGGGCAGUUUCAAGGAGGAGGCUUGUGGAUCGAAAAAUGUCAAGGGCCAACGUUAAGAAAGCUGCCGGAUGGCAGGGUAAAGCCCGGAACAGUGCUUAACAUCCAUGAUGAACCUCAGCUUUUUGAUAGUACAGGGUGGCAUGAAGCAGAGGCCUGGGUUGGUGAAGAUCGCUGGGUGAUUGUGGCAUAUGCUCCACGGGAUUUUCAGGCCGUUGUCCCUUUGUACCAGGAUGCUUUAAAGGGUCUGGGGUUUCCAGUGCAGACUCUCCUGAACGAUUCGACGAGAAGGGAUGGGGAGUACGGUGUAAGUUGGAUGUCGAAGCUCAAGGAUAUUGAGUAUGAUGGAGGAGCUUCAAAGCAUUGGGGUGACUCUAGUUUGGAGGGUUGUGGGCUUGAUCUUUGGGAAGUUGAUUUUCCGUGCGAGUUGUUGGACGAGGAGUCCUAUGAAGCCGGAGUGGCUAUGCAUCAAGCUGCUGUGCACUUUAAGACCCGAACAGCUCAAGAGCUCACCGACGCUGUAAGGAACGGGUAUGGACGUGAAGUUGUCGAAAUGCUUCGGGUUGCCCGGUUAGAGUGUGAAUGGUACGAAAGUCUCUUGGCGCGGGAGCAGCCGGCUGUAGAGCUUCAAGGCAGCAUUAGGGCCAUUUGUACGGAUGUGCCUCUUGGAACCCAUGAUCCAGAGCCUGAUGAGAUUUUUCUUCAAACUCGUACGAUUAGCUUGGAGCAAGCUAGGCAAGAGUUGCCGCUCUGGAGGCCAGCAGCCCUAGAGGAAGUACAAAGCCUAGAAACAGUCACUCAAGCGGUCGAGCGUGUCAGUACUCAGGAGGUGAACAAGUGGGUGUCGCAGGGGUAUAAGGUGCUGCAAAUCCCGGGAAAGGCUGUCCUGACAAGAAAGGCUGGCGUAGGUCGCCGGAGAUUCAGAGCAGUUUGCUGCGGUAACUACCUGCAACAGGACCUUUCCGCCGAUAGUCUUUACGCGGCAGGUGUAGACGCAGCUACGGUAAGGACUGUGAUCGCGUUUGUCUCCCUCCAGUGCCACUGGGUGGGGGUAGUUGCGGAUAUAAAAACCGCCUUCUUGCACGCCCCGCUGCAGCAGGUCAGUCAGCAAGAAAUUUGGAUUGUGAAACCACCGCACCUCCUGGUUGACCUAAAAAUUCUGGAGCCCACCGACAGGUGGCGUAUCCUUAAGGCGCUGUACGGUCUCAAGACCAGUCCGCGGGAUUGGGCAAUGUACCGCGACGCUACAAUCAAGGAUCUUACGGUCAACCUGGGCGAGAAGGUGUAUCGGUUCUUUCAGGCGCAAUCAGACGAAGCCUUAUGGCUAAUUCGAGUUCCGGGUCUGGAAAUCGAGGCGGUGAUGGUAAUUUACGUUGAUGACUUUAUUGUUUUUGGUGUGCUAGCCUUGUGUCGUGCAGUCAUCGAGGUGAUACAGCAUACUUGGAAGCUGUCAGACCCGGAGUGGCUAGAGGUAGGGAAGACGGUGAAGUUCUGCGGUCUGGAAGUGGUACGUACGGCGUCCGGGUUCCGAGUAACGCAAGAGUCAUAUCUGACAGAGCUAUUAGCCAAGUACAGUGUCGAUGACGUGGCGCCUGUACCGAUGGUGAAGAGUUUGGGCUGGCUGACGUCCGCGCAGCACAAGCUCUUACAGGGGCUCUACUAUGGAUGUCCACGCGGAGCCGAUAUGUGGGCGCCGCAUGGGCAGUUGGCGCGGCCACGGACAAACACGGUGCUUGAACUGUACAGUGAUACGAUUAGCUUGAUGUUACUCGGCGACAAUACGGCAUCGGUUCGAGCUUUCGAGGCAGAGGAUUUUCCAACUUCUUGCGUUGGCCAAUGUGAGGGUAUCAUCGCCGGAACCUCCGGAAUCAUCGACCCUCAGGGCUUUGAGACGCCUAGCCUGGGAGCAGGGAAGUUCUGUAGGAAUUUCCCCGGAGUCUUGGGACAAGCUGUUGCUCCUCCGGACACCCGCCGUGGCCAUGAGACGUUGACCGGUGAUGACACCGGGGGCCUGCCUACAGUGCAGAUUGGGGGGAGCACGGGUAGUGGAAAUGCUCAUGAUGCCCGUGAACUUCUUGGUGCUGUAGAGACUCGAGAUCCUGAAGCAGUGAGUCGCAUCGUGCACGGCCUGAGGUCGCAGCUGGUGGUGUGGAGAGUACGUGAUGAGCAGACGCACUUCUUACGCCGAUUGCUGGCUAUAUUUGGGGAAUGUUUUGUAGGUCUUUUAGGGGAUAGGUGUCUUGAAAUACGGGAGCUGCGUGAGGUGGCUCGUACUUAUCGGUAUGGCAUAGACAAUGCUGUAGACCGGUAUCGGCACCAGUCAUCCCUAGAGGGAUACCAAUCGAGGGGCUUGCAAGUGCACGAUGUGGCAGGCGCACACAUGCAGGCCAAUCGGAAUUUAACCCCGGAAGAAGAUAGCAGUGACGGCGAUGUUUCAGAGAUAGCUGCGGUGCCUCAUGGACUUCAGCUGCCAGAUGAGCCUUUGGCACAGGCGGUUCAGCUGUAUUUUGCCGGAGGUGAGAACUUGUUCGGGAGAGAAUCGGGAUCUGGCGAUGAAGCUUCAGCAGCAGACCCUAUUGCAACUCCCACCUCUGCUUCGCGGCAGGAUGAUUUGGAGUCCGAUGGCGGGGUAGAGCCGACAGGGGCCAAUGUGUUGGCAUUGGGGGUAGGGGCAACCUAUAGUGCUGAAGAGGAGUCUUUGCUCGUGGGCUACAUUGAUGAUGUACUUCGCGUCCCCCUUCCGGGUUGGUCGCAGGAAGCCGUACAGACAGUCGUAGAUGGUCUGGCGGGUGGGGAUUGGCGGGAGUUUCAUGACGCCUUGCGCUCCCACGGAGUGCCGAGUGAUUUUACGUCUGCAGAGGAGUUCACGUACACAUGCACAGAAGGGAGUGAAAGUGAUUUUACUUCUGCAGAGGAGUCCAUGUACACAUGCACAGAAGGGAGUGAGAGUGAUUUAAAUUGGGGACCCCCAAAUAUUGAUGUCCAAGAAGGUGUUGUUGUGGGUUUGUUGACUGGCUUCUUAGGAGGGUUGAUUGUUGGAGGAUUGUUUGCCGGGGCUGUAGUGCUAGUAUGGAUUUCGCAACACAGGGCGGUCGGGGUUGGACAAUGUGCUGGAACAAACGCUUCGACGAGUGAGCACGCCUAUGCUUUCUUUUGUUGUCCUAUGCUGGCUUGGGGCUUGGCGGCUCUUUACCGCGCAUGGGUAUGCUUCAACUCCAUUGUAUGGGGAGGUUCCCUGUCGAUCACCGACCUCUGCCGAUUUGUACUUUCAGAGCGGCCCUGUACCUUUCAGUUGCACCUUCCAAGAGCUUCGCGUUCCGCCUCAGAUGCCAGUACAUCGUGGCCCAUCAUGUUCCUGAUCGCCUUGAUCCUGAUCUUUGGUCUCGCAAAUCCUGCUGAGGCACACUCGGUGCAGUCAGGCGAUGACCGUUCGCUUGUUCUCUUCCGUGAGGACCAGCGUCAAGUUGCCUCAUGCCCAAGAGCCUUCAACUCGGACUCGGAAAGUACGGGAUUGUACAGCUUAGGUUUGGGGCUCUGUGUGUGUGUCAUCGGGGUUUGGGAGAUCCUGAAGUGGGCCUUCUGCCGAAUCUUGCCUAAGAAGGGCAAAUUCAGAACAGCUGCGAGUCAGACCGAAGACCAAGCCUUCGUGCCUAUGCCGCUACCAACGGGCAUCCCAGGCUUCGGAGCCCCAGCGGACGCCAGCGGCACCGGUGGAAAGCUUCCUCCCCAGGCCUUUGGCGGAUCUGGCGGCGGCGGCUCUGGUGCCAAGCUCCUGGGCCGGGCGGAGCAAAGUCUCCGUGAGGCCGCAGCGUUCCUCAAGAUCUACCCGGAAUCCACAUGCUUCAUCGAGACGCCCUCCGGCGCACACGACAAGCACAACCUGCGCGGAAAGGUGGUGCAAUCCGCGCUUCAAAGUGCAGGCGCGAGGAACCCCUUCCAGCUCCGCUGCUCUGGCACCUACCAUCCAAGGGGCUCCAUCCCUCUGCUGCGUCUAAAGCUGGCGCUGCUGAAGGCUGGCACUGCGAGCGGAGCCCCUGCACCGUCGACAAGCGGCGUUCCAAUAAGGGACAUCGCGCCGGCGCAAGUGCCAGCGGCAAGAGCUGGGAAAACGAG